CAGUUCUUCAUCACUUGCCUUUAUAAAUAGACGACACAGCUAGAAUCUCUGUUGGAGACGAAACUUUAAUAAACGUGGUACAGUACUGUAUACUGCUGCUCAUUGUCAAGCAAUGACUGAAAGAUUCGGAGUGGAUAAUGUUGGUCUGACGGACGAACCACUGUUCGUCAGACGUAACCAAAUAUUUUAUUCUAGCUACGAUAUUCCUAGCUAUAUCGGGGCAGCUACAUAUGGUAGCAGAGAAUGGAACAGGAAGAGAACACAACCGUCCAAUUCGCCUCGGCCGACGGAGAUAAAGUCGAGCGGAUUUAAAGGCCAUAAUGAGGAGGCGAAAGGAGGCUGCUGUGGAAAUAGUUUUGAUGUAUUUAGUGAAGAAACAUCAUUUCACGGACUUAAGCACAUAAAAGGGGGAAACAACUGGAGUAGAAGAAUAUCUUGGAUUAUCAUUCUCGUCUUGGCGCUUACUGGUCUUACCUACCAGAUAAAUCGUUCCGUGUCAAGGUACUUCGAGUAUCCUACAAACACCAACUUGAAUUACGUCACCAAGUCAGCAAUAACAUUUCCCAAAGUUACAGUGUGCAACAUCAAUAUGUUCAAGUUUGAUCAGGUGACGCCAUUGUUGGGUGGAACUCUUCUAUUCUAUUACCACGGUCUGCAAUACCUUCGAAGCCUGACCCCUGAUAUCGGUAUAACUUCAAAUGGUAACGGGUACGGUAAGCUGGAAGACGAAACGUAUCCAGGUAGAAAAGAUCUGAAAGAAUUCAUUCGGUACAAUAGUCACCAAAUAAAAGACAUGCUUGAAGUGUGCGUUUUCAAUGGAGUCAUUUGCGGACCAGAAAAUUUCACCCUUACCUACACCAACUAUGGGGUGUGUUACGCAUUCACACCAACAACAAACACAUUAUUGAAUAACGCAGGUCAAAGGUAUGGACUUAGCAUGAUUCUGAACGUUGAGCAUUUGCAGUAUAUAACAGCUCCGCGGGAAAACGUUGGAUUUCGUAUUGCUAUUGACGGACAUAAUGAUGACCCUGAUUUACAAGCAUCGGGUGUGGAUGUAGGAACUGGAAUGAGGGCUUCAAUAGGACUACGGAAACAAACGAUUACAUCACUACCACAUCCUCACGGAAAUUGCAUUGUUGAUGGUGACAAGAAACUGAAAUACCAGGUGAACAAAAAGUACACACAAUCCCGCUGUCUACUUGAGUGCGAAACAGAUUACUUCAUGAAAGUCUGUGGAUGCCGGACUUAUUACACGCCUGGAAGUGAGACACAGCCGUUCUGUUCUCCAUCAAACUUAACUGGAUGCUAUAUUCCUAAAUAUGAACAGUUCGCUGAACAUCGCGAAGAUUACUGUGAGUGUGAAGAGGCUUGUAGUGCUGAAAGUUUUUUGAAAACAAACUCUUUCAGUGGUUUUCCAUCACGUGCUGUUCCUCAAACAUUUAUUAUAACCGAACAGUGGCAGUAUUAUGCGCUUGCUUUUGGAUUCAAUGUCAGGCAAGUGUUAGAAUCUCAAAAGGACGGGCUUUCAGAACAAGUGCUAGAAGAAACAGAGCAGUUCGUGACAGACGCAUUCAUCGAAGUCGGUCUACCGAACUAUGCAAAGAAUCUGCCAACAGAAUAUAACGAACAACUAGCUGAGCAAUUUAGAAUUUUCACCUACGAUGCGAUAUUUUACUUGAUCAAUAAAAUCAGUGAUUAUAUUUUUUAUGAUCUUAUAUUAAAAUACCCAGUUACAGAAGUUGGCUCUGAAUUCUAUCACACAAUAAUCGAUGGGGCCACGGAUGAACUUUCUUUCCAGAUCGGCAUUAUAACUGACACGUUGACUGAAGCUGUUCAGCUCACGUACCCUUCACAUAAUUUCACCAGAGAAAAUGCGGAAAAUUACAAUGAAGUACUGAUGAAGAAUAUACUGAAGUCUGUGUAUCCUAGGAUCAGAAAUGCCAGUUUAGAAGUAGGAGCAACGAUUUAUACUACUAGCGAUCUGGCAUCAUUAACAUAUGGAUACAUGGUGUAA